GGCGCUGCAGGGUAUUUCCGCGAUGUCUGUGCACUCUUGCCUAUAGCUAUGCGACUCCCUUAGUUCUUAGGCUGCUGGGUUAUGUAGGCGGGGCCGACGCAUUUAAAUGCCAGUAUUGGGGCAAUUACCUCUGCUGGAGGAUAGAGAGGCUGAUGAAGGGCAGCGGUACUGCAGGGGAUCAGGGCACUUUAUACAGAGCUGAUGCUGGAAAAUAACCCCAGGGUGGUUUGUAAUUAUACAGAAUUAGGCUCUCCGCUUGCAGUAGUAAAGCUAUGUCGUGAUAUGUCUGUGCAGUACUAAUGCUAUGUCAUGACAUGUCUAUGCAGUACUAUUGCUAUAUGUCUUUGUAGUAGUAAUGUUAUGUCGUGAUAUGUCACUCUAUACUAUAUCCUGACGUGUAUGUGCAGCACCAAUGCUAUGUCAUGACAUGUCUAUACUAUAUCCUGAUAUUUGUAUGUGCAGCACCAAUGCUAUGUCAUGACAUGUCUAUACUAUAUCCUGAUAUUUGUAUGUGCAGCACCAAUGCUAUGUCAUGACAUGUCUAUACUAUAUCCUGAUAUUUGUAUGUGCAGCACCAAUGCUAUGUCAUGACAUGUCUAUACUAUAUCCUGAUAUUUGUAUGUGCAGCACCAAUGCUAUGUCAUGACAUGUCUAUACUAUAUCCUGAUAUUUGUAUGUGCAGCACCAAAGCUAUGUCAUGACAUGUCAUAUCCUGAAAUGUGUAUGUGCAGCACCAAUGCUAUGUCAUGACGUGCAUACAAUACUAAUACUGUAUGGUAAUACAAGUUCCUACAGUAGCAAUUCUGUGUUGUGAUACACAAUAGUUAACUAGCAGUGAGGUUUAGGUAAAGUCUUCUACAGGUAAUUUAUAGGACAGAAAGGCAAUAAAUCAGAUGACCCACAGUAAAUGGUCAGUAAUAAUGUGCCUGAGUGUAGAUUGUAAGCUCUGUGGCACAGUCUGGGUACAGGGUACUGUGUAAGACUAACCAGCUAGCAAUGUCCCCUGUAGUGCGCUGCUCAUUUUUUCGGGUAGUGUUGGUUGCCCUGCUACUUGUCGCACUACUUCAGUUGCUCUACCUCUCCCUCCUAUCUAGUCUACAUGGGCGCCAGCAGCAGAGGUCGGCGUAUCCGGUGCCGGUGGGCACUGCUCACCAGGAGCCACGCUGGCAAGUAGAACAGAGAGAACGUCUUAAGGAUGUCUUGUCAAGUGGCGGAAUAUUAGAUGCCAGUGGUCAGUACAGGAUUUACCGCCCUCUGGUUGCACAUGAAGAAGGUAACUGGGCACGCAGAGAUGUAGCUUUGGCUUCCCACGCCAGCUUAAGCAAUAUGGGACAUCUGCAAGACCUGGUAGAGCGAUGGGAAGGAAGGAUUUCCUUUGCACUCUUUUCAGCUAAUACCGCACAAACAAAGCUAGCCACUUUGCUGGUAUAUGCCCUGGCUCGUCUGUGCCAGCCUGUAAGGCAGAGAGUUUCAUUUCAUUUAGUAUGCCAGUCUGGCGAUAUGGCAACUUUUCCAGAACUGGAAGAUCGAGGAGAAUUUGCCCGCUUGCGCACAUGCCAGUCUGUUUUUGCCAAGGCAGUGAGUAUGGGUGCACAUUCAGUGAACUACGCUGGUAAUGUGUCUUAUCCAAAUAAUUUGCUAAGGAAUGUUGCUAGGGCUGGUAUUGGAAAUGUAGAAUUUUCCCUGGUGGUGGACAUUGACAUGGUACCUAGUGAAAGAUUGAGGGCAGACUUUUUGGCUCUAGCUGCAGGAGGGGUGGAGCGACAGGUGGUGUUUGUUGUGCCUGCAUUUGAAAUACGUCAUACACGCCGCCUGCCUAGCAACAAGGAAGAGCUACUGCGGUUGUACCAGGUGGGAGAAGUGAGGGCAUUUUAUGAAGAGCUGUGCCCUCGUUGCCAGGCACCCACCAACUACUCCCGCUGGAUUAAUUUAUCUGAAAAAGAGAGUUCCGCCAGGCUAGGAGUUGCAUAUAUUGUGGAGUGGAGAGACCCAUGGGAACCAUUUUACAUUGGAGGUGCAGAAGUUCCAGCUUAUGAUGAGCGUUUCAAACAGUAUGGCUUCAAUAGGAUAAGCCAGGCCUGUGAGAUGAAUAUGGCCGGCUUCUCCUUUGCUGUACUGGAUUCUGCCUUCCUACUUCAUAAGGGCCACAAGCUACCUGGGGACUUCCAUAGCCAAAAGGAGGUUGAGAACCGGAGGAACCGCCAGCUUUUCAGGGGAUUCAAGGAGGAGCUGAAGAUCAGAUACCCCAAUGCCCAGCGCCACUGCUGACCCUGGAGGUUGGCUAAAGAAACUGUACAAAAAGCUGAACCCUCUAGUGAUAAUGAGUAGACGUCCCCAUAUGAGUGUUUAUUAUUCUGUAGCCGUCUUGGGCUGAGAACUGUCCGUGAGCACCAGAGCAUCUGAUAACGUCCUCCUAUGAUCUAUUUAUUAGCUGAUGUCUGUGACUAGGACCAGAGCAUCUGAUGACGUCCUCCUGUGAUCUAUUUUUUAGCUGAUGUCUGUGACUAGGACCAGAGCAUCUGAUGACGUCCUCCUGUGAUCUAUUUAUUAGCUGAUGUCUGUGGCUACUGAUUAUAGUUUCUUUAUUAGUUCUUUCACCCUAUAUCUUUAGCUGCAUUAAUAUAUUUGUCCCUCUUAAAGUGACAUUUCUGUCAGUCAUUUUUAUUUAUUUAAACCUGUUAAAGGGACAUUCUAAUACAAAAAUGAGUUGCUGUAA